AAGAAGCAAAGGAGGAAAAUGCCUGAACCCGCCAAGUCCGCGCCCAAGAAGGGCUCUAAGAAAGCCGUGACUAAAACCGCCGGCAAGGGCGGCAAAAAGAAGAGAAAGACCAGGAAGGAGAGCUACGCCAUCUACGUUUACAAGGUGCUGAAGCAGGUGCACCCCGACACCGGCAUCUCCUCCAAGGCCAUGAGCAUCAUGAACUCGUUCGUUAACGACAUCUUCGAGCGCAUCGCCUCUGAGGCCUCCCGCCUGGCUCACUACAACAAGCGCUCCACCAUCACCUCCAGGGAGAUCCAGACCGCCGUGCGCCUCCUGCUGCCCGGUGAGCUGGCCAAGCACGCCGUGUCCGAGGGCACCAAGGCUGUGACCAAGUACACCAGCUCCAAGUAAACUGCAGCUCUGCUGCACCCACCCAACGGCUCUUUUCAGAGCCACCCACUUCUUCUGAAGAGCACAUGUCCUGAGAUUUUCCACUGCAGUCGUGUUUGGUGAUGAUAGUAACAAGUCCUACACACUGUCUGCCUCAUAAUUAUUAAAUGGUACACUGAUACAGUCUUAAAUCUACAAUGACAUUACAGAUGUGUAUCUGCAGGGUUUGAUGAUGCUAGCUCACCACAGCAGUCAACACUGGUUUUCUUUAGACUGUACCCCAAGGCUCUGGGGGCUCUCCACUGGAGUGAAUGUUAAAUUUCACACCGGCUGCUUUCAUUUGCAUGUUUUCAUAUGACACUGUUGGAUACUACUGUAUUCUAUGUGGAAUUUUUAGAGCAUACUCCAUAAUUCAAAGACAAAGCCAUCAUGAAAAAAACCUUUUUUUCUAUGACAGUUUCUGUUAAUUUUGUUGUCAGUAUUCAAUGUCAUAAUAUUCCUCUUGUUCUCCCGAUAUCCAGGAGAACAAAGGUUUUAAGAAGUUGCCUUUUUGGGGUACUUUAAAAAUAGGUGCAAGUUUGAGUUUAGCGUAUGGUGCCAAUCAUAUAUUUAUUCUCUGUAAUAGUCUGGAUAUUCAUAUUUCAGCCAUUUGUAUAUAUUAGAGAUAUUUCACAUGUUAUAACUUUUUGAAAAUAUUAUUUUAUUUAAUUCAGUCUGCUAUGGUUCUUAUUGACUUGGAGGAACUGUAACCACAUAAUUUCCUUUGGGAUUAAUAACAUUCUGAUUAGGAAUUUCUGAAAAAAAUAUUACAUUAAAACACUGUUUUAACAAAUUACUUUUUAAAAGACAAGCUUUUUGAUAAAACUGCAUUCUGCCCAAUAAUCACCUAAAGCUGGAUUCAUGGACGAAGAGCCGUACAGGAGAUAAGGAAGGUCAAAGGACAUGUCUGCUUUUGAGCAUACGUAGGGCCAAAAUGGCAGUAUUCACUAUGCCCAUUAUGAGUAAAAAGUAAUGUGUAAACUUGACCUGGGAAAGGAAUAAUCUGCUCAUCUACACAGGUCUCAGCAGACUGAAGCUUUCUAGCACGCUGACAAGAGAUGAGCUCAUUUGUUAACAUGAUGAAUCUUGAAGAAUCUGUCAUGAGUUAUUUCAUUGGCUAUAAUGAGAUCUUGUUUCAUGUGAAAAAUAACCCAGAUUUAAAAGGGUUGAAAUUGGAUUGAGAAAGAGCAAAGUAAUGUGGUUUAGUGCACUUCUAGCAAAUAUACACCAGUCUGCUGAGAUAAUGGAAAGCCUGUGUAGAUUGAGCAGAUGUAUUUCAGCUGUGCAAGAGAAACCAAAUCCCCCAGUGUAAAAGAUCGAGCUUUCACAUUACUUCUAAUCCAUAGUGGAUUGUGGGUGUUGUUACUUCGUCCCUAUUCCGGCUCCUUGAAAGCUGGUUUGCUGAUUUACUCGUCCUCAAACAUGUCACCUUCCUGCUGCAAUGUCUGGAUCUGCUCCACCUCAUCUCCCAAAAGCUCAAAGCCUAACCCUCCUUCCACAAACUUGAAUCAAAUCCUUUCUAGCUCUUUCAGCCCUCAGCUUUUUGAAGUAUUAAAAAUGGGAGGUUUUAAGUCCUGCUGUCCACCACAAAGGACAAUGAAUAAGUUUUAUUGUGAAAGGGUUAAACUUAUUGUACAUUUAUGACAUCUUAAUAAACCAAAUUGAAGAUUGUAAUGUGGAAGAAACUAUUUCAUCUUUAAGAGAAACAGAAUCUCUGAAAACAGUUAUCACGUAACCUCCCUGAUUGCCAUAGAACGUGGAAGCUGCAGUGCCUGCCAUUUUGACAAAAAGUUAUUGUUCUCAGUUUCUGUUAUUUUAAAUGAAUGACAUUGCAAGAAUGUGUACUGCAAUUUUUUUCAGUGUAUCUGUAUAUAUUUAUAUCUACUUAUAUUUUGGGUUUUAAAGCAAUAAAGACAGCAGGAAAAUUGUACAAGUUUUAAAGAUGCAUUUUCAUUUGCAGUAAGUGCUUCAAGAACAAAAUAAAAUG